AUGCGCAGAUUGCUCUGCCCCAUUCUCGUACUCUCUCUUGUCUCCAGCGUUCGUCCACGGCACAUAUUCUCGUUUGGAUCGCGGUCGGAGAAGAGCUGGUGGGGCUGGGCAUGGGGUGCUGAAAGCACUGUCUCUGUUGUAGAUCGUUCUCCCGUUAUUUCUUUUUCUUCGCGGCCGGCUGCAUUUGGAGCCGAAAUUACAGGACCGAUUUUGGGCUAUGUGAUCCCAGUCAACUCCUUCACGACGCCAUGCUCAACGGAUCCUUCUGUAUCUGACCCCCGUCCCAAUACCGGAUGUCCUCGAUUGUGUUUGAGCGGGCCAUACGAGCCAGACCCGUCUGAGACGUGGAUAGCUCUUGUACAGCGAGGCAAAUGCGAAUUCGUGAACAAGGUCCGAGAGGCCCAGCGGCUGGGAGCACGAGCUGUCGUUGUCGGAGGAGAAAAUCCGAACAUCUCAGGACUUCCUGACACGCUCGUCAACAUGUACAGUCCUGAGGACGCUUCUGAUGUCAAGAUUUCUGCCACUUACAUCAAGCACUCUGACUACGUACAGCUUUCAUCUCUCAUUGCAGCCUCGAACACUUCACAUUCUGGUCUCCGCACGCUGUCUUUGCUUAUUACCGCGGACUACUCCACUUGGGAGUGGUAUUCUCCUAUUGUCACCUUUAUUGUUAUUCUUUUGCUUCCUUCAGCUCUUACGUUCAUGACUCUUCUGAUUCAUCGCAUUCGAGCCGCACGAGCCGCCCAACGCGAUCGUGCUCCCGAAGAUAUUGUCCGGAACUUGCCAUGGCAAGUCUGGACGGGGGCAGGCUGGGAGAAGCAUGAGGGCGGCGAAGGCUUGCACCCUGCCCAACCACCGAAAUCUACGAUAGACCUUGAACGCGGAGUUGUAGAGUCAGCUGAGCAGCACGAGACAUCAACAGAGCGACCAUCUACAUCUCGACCGCCGGAACCUGAAGGCAUGCAUCCGUGGUUUGAGGAUCAACAAGAGUGUGCCAUCUGUCUUUCUGAGUUUGCCAAGGGUGACAAGGUUAGGGUACUACCUUGUCAUCACAUAUUUCAUCUGGAUGAAGUGGAUGAGUGGUUGAUUCAGCGCAAAAAGCUUUGUCCGGUGUGCAAGGCAGAUGUCACUCAGCCACCACAUCUGGCGACGCGGACCGUUCUGACGGAAGAAUCACGAACACCCGUUGCACCAUCACAUUCACGGCCUACCUCCCCUGAAACCGCAACGGAACGAACACCUCUACUUACGACUUCUGAUACCAACACUAACGAUACUCAAUAA